CUAACCUCCGAUGACAUUGUCACAAACAAAUGGAAAAAAAAAGUUUAAUUAUCCGAGUCUUAUCAACAGAGCUGAGAGGCAUCGUGUGCUGUGUUCGCCGCACAGUAGUCUCAGUAGUUCGCAGUAGACGCCUACUUCCCGAACAAUAAAUCCCCUCAGUCCCAGCUGAUUUGCAAGAGAAAAAAAACAAGACUCAAAUUGUUUUCGUUCGUUCGUUAUCAUUAAAUUUUUCUCGUACGUGUCACCGCAGCUGGCCUCCUGACGCACAGUGGACGAGCAUGUCCUGUACGAGUGAGCUAUCGCUAUCUAAAGAAUAUCAGAGUUUUCGGAGCUCAGUUCCACUCCGAAAAAUUGUUGUUGACAGCGAUGGGGCUAAGGGAUGGAAAGUCUACGACUCCGGUCCGAAGACUAUCAAAUGUCCUCUCAUAUGUUUACCACCUGUCAGUGGUACCUCUGAUAUAUUUUUCAAACAAAUACUCAGUCUAGCUGCCAAAGGUUAUCGAGUCAUAUCCGCUGAACCACCAGUCUAUUGGAGUGUCAAAGAAUGGUGUGAUGGAUUCAGAAAACUAUUGGAUUAUCUAGAGUUGGACAGGGUUCACCUUUUCGGAGCUUCCCUGGGAGGUUUCCUAGCACAAAAAUUCGCAGAGGUCAAUUCUCAUUGUCCUAGAGUUGAGUCUCUGGUGUUGUGUAACACCUUCACUGACACGACAGUUUUCAGUUACAAUGAUUCAGCCGCUAUAUUUUGGAUAUUACCGUCUUUAGUACUUAAGAAAAUGCUGAUGGGGAAUUUUUCCACUGAAAAAGUCGACGGGGAAAUGGUCGACGCUAUUGACUUUAUGGUGGAACGACUGGAAAGCUUGAGUCAACCGGAACUGGCAUCACGACUGACUAUGAACUGCGUGAGCAGUUAUGUUCAACCUCAUAAAAUGGGCAAUGUACCAGUAACGAUAAUUGACGUAUUCGAUGAAUAUGCAUUGUCCAACGUUGUUAGAGAGGAAAUGUACAAGUGUUAUCCAAAUGCUAAACUGGCACAUUUGAAAAGUGGUGGCAAUUUCCCGUACUUGAGUCGUUCUGCUGAAGUGAAUUUGCACCUUCAGAUUCAUCUCAGGCAAUUCGAAGAGACUGAAUACGCAGCGUCCAACAGAAUUGAGCCAAUUCCGGAUACUGUGGUCACAUAAGCCCUUCACAAAAAUCAAACUUCAAUGGAACUGCCCAAGCCAACAUGCCAAGCAAGCUUCCUCCCCACAUGGCAUGCUGUCCCCUCGCCAUGGAAUGACAAUACCAACCUGAAUACCACCAAUUGCUCCAACAAUUGACGACGUAUCCCAGGUCAGCUUCAAAACAGAAGCCUAUAAACAAUCCCAGCUGUCCAUGACGAACGCAAGCAAAGCUAUCAAUACUCUGUUCAUUAUUUUUAUACACACGCUAUGUUACAUUCCUGCGUGUAGCAAUUUACUUUCCUAAGAAAAAUGCCUAGUCGUUAAUUCACAAUGAGAUGAAUUUUGUUUAUCACGAAUGAGUUAUUUUUUCAAUUACAGAAAAUUAAUUCAUCACUGAAUAUGUACAUAAGUAAUCAGUUAUGCAAUAUGCAUGUGUAAAGAUUCUGCAUGGACUUGAAAAAUAUACGCAUAUAAUUUUUCUAUUAAAUCA